AUGGAAUUUAAAAUCAUCGGCGCUGUGGCAGUGUUGAUUUACGGAGUACUACUUACUGUCAGGAACAGGGUUCCUGUGAAAGACGUCCACAUCGACGGAUCCUUCGAAGAAUCAUUUCGAUCUGUUUUUGAGGCUCUCAGGUUAGAUUUUUGAAUUGAUUUGUGAAAAUAGUAUGAUGAUUCAGUUACAGACUAAAAUUUUAAUUAAUAGGAAUGAAUGAUAGGUUUCAAGCUCCUCGUCAGAUCUGAAAUGACUUGAGCUCGAUUGUAUCUAGAAGUGUUAUAAAAAAAAACUGACCAAAGUCGACGUAGACCCUUUUGAAGUCCCGUCGAAUUCCUUGAAGCUUGAAAAGAAUUUAGAGAAAAAUGUCGAGAAAAGAUCAAUUUCAAGAAUCCCAGGAACAAUCUGGCGGACGGCUGGGAGCGCGGCGGAGGUUCUUUGGUGGUCUACGUCGGCGGUCGGAAAGUCGUCGACAUCUGGGGCGGCUGGGCGGACAAGGAGACGCGGCGAUUCUGGAAGAACGACACCCUCAACGUCGUCUUAUCCUGCAGCAAGGUCCCGCAACCGGAAGAUCCAUGGGGACUUCAGUUUCAGGCGAUGGGCGCCAUUGUCGUUGCUCAGCUGGUGGACCGAGGUCAUUUGGCCUACGACGACUUGGUCACGAAGCAUUGGCCGGAGUUCGGCCAGAACGGCAAGCAGAAUGUGACUGUACGAUGGCUGAUCGGCCACAAAGCAGGACUCGCUUAUACUGACCAUCCCAUUUCGAAAGAAUUAGCGGAGGAUCCCGAGUUGAUUGACGAGUUCCUCGCCAAACAGGUACAGUUCUGACUGGAACAGGAAUUCUUCUCCAAAAUGACCGAGAUAUAGUUUCUUUCAUUGUUUCAAAGCUCUUUUGAACUUAACUCAAACAGUAGAGAUCUAAGUGAAUCCUUACCUUAUUUGAGAAUUUUUUUUUUACUUUUCUCAUGUAUUUUUAUUGUAAAAAGUGGCGAUGAACCUAUGAACAUACUUUCCCGCAUCCUCUUUUUGGAUUAAACUUGAAAUUUCCAGAAGCCAAACUGGCCUCCGGGAGAGGAGAUCGGCUACCACGCCGUGACCUUCGGAUGGCUGGUCGACGCGAUCGUCCGUCGGACUGAUCCCAAGCGAAGAACUGUCGGGACUUAUUUCCGAGAGGAGAUCGCUGAAAAAUAUGGUCAGUUCCGUAGAAGUCGAAUUGCAAGAAAUAAAGUUGAAGGCGUCGAUUUCCACAUCGGAUUGCCGCCUUGUGAACAACGAAGAGUGGCUCGGAUCACGACUCCGACUUUUUUGGACGCUUUGGAGGAAUUCAUUCACGAUCCGAAAGAUCACAAUAUCCUUGGGUGAACAAUUCAAAUAUACCUUUCAUGAAAGAAUUUUGCAGAUAUUUGAAGGAUAGGUUCAGCAAUGGAUCCCUGACUAAAGUACUGCAGUCCACUCCGUGGCUCAAGUUUGUUGAGGUAGGAAACUGUUGAUUUUCUUCAUUUUUUUUCCAGGUUUUGUUGAGAAAAUACGCGAGCAAGUCUGAAACUCAGUUAGUCCAUGAGGAGGGGUUGACUUGCAAAAUUAGAAAAAUAAGGUAUAAAAUAAGUUUUAAGCUCUGAAGAUAGUAUUGGAACAAAUUAGAAAAAGACUUUAGCUUUAGGAGGUAGUACAGAUGUUAAUUUAGGAAGGCUUGGGAGGAGGUAUUGGCCGCCUUAAAAAGUGGUCCGCCCAUGAGAAUUCUCCGGCGUAAAGAAAAAUGGUUUUGAAAAAAGAAAAAGCUCAUGCGAAGAUUUCAGUAAGACUAACUUUUGGUUUUUUUUUUCUUCUAAUAUUUCAUUUUCUUCAUUCAAAAAAAUCAGUUCGAUGCAUUUUUUCAGACGACGACACUGAACAAUCCUGAAAUCCAGGCACUGGAACAAGUCGGCGUCCUCGGCCUCGGCACAGCCAGAAGCAUGGCACAAGUCUUCGAACUUUUGAGGUUCGCUCCCUCGGAACCUUGUCUCUAUCAAAAGAACACUAUGAAUAGCUUUUCGACCUUUUUUCCCCCUCAUUCCCGAGUUUUGUGAUCAAUUUCUGUGCUCCUUGAACACCCAGUGAGAAACUUCUGACAAAAUACUCGAGUCAUUUUUCUAUUUCUCCAGAAAUGAAAAGACCGUUAAUUUUUGAAGUAUGUGUUUACUUCAGAACCGGCAAACUUCUGAGCGACAAAGGACUCAAAAAUCUCUUGAGCAACUUCGAAGCGAAGACUGACGUCAUCUCGGGAGUGACUGUGGCCCGAGGACAAGGCUUCAUGAUGAAUGAAAUCCAUCAUAACGGGGUAUUGGAUCUUCUGGAACCUUCGAAAGAAUUUCGACGAUUUUUCAGAGAAAAAUAAAGUUGUAUGGACACGCCGGCUAUGGAGGGCAAAAUAUAAGGACGGAUUUCGAGAAUGACGUCACGAUCGCCUAUCUGAGCAAUGGCCUUAAGGUUUUCGAAGAUUUUUUUUUCCUCAAUCGUAUAGUUUUUCGAAAAAAAUUUUUGAAGCAGUAACUGCUAUACCUUCUGUUGAAAAAGCUAGAAAACCAAAAAGAAGGAUUUUUGAAGUUCCUAGAAUAUUUAGAGAUUUUUGGUUUUUCUUUUUGACUUUACUCUGUAUCCCAAAAGCUCUUUGAAAAUAAAAUUGAUGGAAUUAAAAAAAAAAUCUUUUUUAUGUUUUCUACUGCACGAACUUUAUAGAAAUUAAUAUUUUUUCAGGUUGGAUUCGGAGACGCAGCGAGAACUUACAAACGACUUCUGAAAGCCAUUUACGAUGUUGUUUUGCCGUGAUUUCAAUUCUUUUUUUCAAAAAUCAGGUACAAACGAAAACGAACUUUUUAUUUUUUGGUUUUUGAUUCGCAGCCAUUCAGGUCUGUUAUCACCGGGUCAGUUUUUGUGCUUUAUUUGUUGUUCAUUUUUUUUUCUAUGAUUAACAUUUUUCAAAGAUCCUUGAUGGUUUUUUCGAAAGAUAUUUUUUAUCUUUGCCUUAUUUCAUGUAAGACUUCUGCGCUUUUAAAAACUCAGAAAAAAAUUGUUUGAACAGAUUGUCAUAUAAUGUAUCGUGUGAUUUGUUAGAUUCUUUGAAAAUAAAUAUGUGAAUGGACUUCCUAGUGCAGUAAAAGGAGUCAAGAAGGUUCGGCAACAAAAACAGUUUCCUUUGGAUGCUGACUGGAAAGUUUUUUUUCGAGUUCACAGCCGGCCUGGGCAAAUAUUCGUUGCUUACACGAAUAUUUUCUCCGAAGAGCUAUUCUUUCUCUACGUGUUUACUGAGUUUUCUAAUUUCUGACGUUCUGUAGCUUCUGGAACGAUUUCUUCUAUCAAUUUUUGUAUAUUUGUUAUUAAUAACUGAAGUAAAGGAAGACAUCGGCUUCUCGAAAUAGCUGAAAAAAAAAUAGAAGGAAGCACUCGGCAAACGCUUUUUUUAAGUAUUGAAGCUGAAGCUCGCUUUUCAGAAUCGCGUGUUUUUUUUCCGUUUGUUGUGAUUUUAAUUACAAGCUCCACGUGCAAAGUGUUACGUUGCCACUGAAGAAACACAUUAUUCAUGGACUCUUGACGACGGAGACGUUCAUUGUUGGUUUCCCGUAGCCCCGUUGGAUUCUAGUUUUUGGCUCUUUCCAAUUUUAAGAAAGAAUUAGAAACAAAAAAUAUGGUAUUAAUUGUUAAAAAGGCCUUCAUGUGUUUUUUUUUAUCAAAUACAGUUCCAUUGAAAUAAUUCUCUUCUGAUUUUCUAGGUCUUCUAAAAUGUCGAUGUAUAAAAUUUUUUUCCAAAAGUUAAACUUUUCAAAGCUUUCAAUUUCUUCAGAACUUUGCAGUUGGACCAUUCCAAACAGUCUUUACCAAAUGGCAUCGAAAGUCAACAGCGCCUCAUAAAACACGAAAAUGUUUGUUUUGACUCACAACUCCAAUUUUUUUCGGCUUUUUUUUAUUCUUUCCUGUAAAAAUGUUUCGCUAGUCAGACUUUUUAUUGGGUCAGCUUUGAACAAAAAAGAACUGACUCCAGUGGAGAGUUUGAAUUUGGUUUAAACUUCUGGUAGCUGCUUCAAAACUUCUUUCAAAUAAAUUAUUUUUUAUAAAAAUGUUCAUCCUGGAAUGCCCUUCCUUUAAUAAUCAAGUAUUGUAUACCUGUUUUUCUCAUCGUUCAAGGAAGGUCCGAAGGUUUCUGACGUCUCUCGAUCUUUUUGUUUUGUUGUGCUCUCUGUUACCCGGUUAUCUCUACAGGUGGCUUUGAAAAUGGUUUUGAACAUUGUGACGACGUUUUUUCGCGUCGUUUUCGCCUGGCUUUUUUGGCUCGUCGCGGCGAUUAUUGCUGCCUUCAUCUUCGCCUACAAGAACACCCGACGAAGGCAAGUCUUCGUCGACGGAUUCGUCGAUCCCGCCUUCUCGCCAGUUCUCCGAGAGUUCCGGUUGGUCCUUCGUUUUAUUAUUUUUCGUGACUCAAAGAGCUCUUGAAAUCUUGAAGUUGACGUCUUUGGAGUUUUAUUAUCUUCCAAUUUGGCUUCUAUUUUGAAGUUGAAGGUGAGCUUGAUUUAAAUAAAAAGAUUAUUGGUUACACCGUUAAGCGAAAAAAAAAGCACGGACAAGUCAGAGGGGGUGGCGAAAAAUCCUUUCCAUCCUAGACUUCAAAUCGAUAGUUUUUUUUAUUUGGUAACUAAAACCGGACAAGAAUCGGACACGUCGGGGCAUUUAUAGUGAGCGUCAGAAAUUUCAAGGGAUUCCGUGAACUGUGCUCAGAAACGGCCGGUUUUUGUUACCGAGUCUUUCUUGAGCCCGCCUGAAGUCAAAAUCCGAUUCAAACUGAUUUUUAAUCGGAAGUUAUUUCAUUUGUAGAUCUAAAGAUUGUUCUUGAUUCAGACGGAACUUCGAGAAAGGAGUCGAGAGAGACGGCGCGGCUUUCUGCGCCUUCUACCGCGGUCGUUGCGUCGUCGACGUCUGGGGCGGCUAUGCGGACAGAGAAGCCGAACGUUUCUGGUUCAAAGACACGAUGCAAAUCACUUUCAGCUCUAGCAAGGUGAGACUCUUCAGCCCAUUUCCGGGAAAAUGGAGAAAAAUAUUUUAAUCCCAAAAUUAAAAAAUGCAUAUAAAUUUCGGCGAAAGUUAGUAAAAAAGAUAAUUAUUCACCUACAAAGUAGAUAUUUUUCAACCUGUCAGCGCUCCAGUCAACUUUUUGCCUAGUGAUUUAUUUCAAUGGCUAUUUGAGGAUUUUUCGCUUAAGAGAACUACUCGUUCGGAAGGUUUUGAUUGGUUCAGAGUCUUUGAGGCCUAAGAUACCUCUAUUUUUUAACUGUUGGUAAUUAGUCUUUUCAAUAAACCACUAAUAACUUUCCGUGAACGCAUUGUGUAUUGUAAAAAGAGAGCUAUAUAAUAAAAAGAAGUGCAUCGUACAAGUUUUUCAUUUUCCAGGCUUUGGCGGCGAUUUGCAUAGCCAAACUCGUUGAUCAAAAGUUGAUUCGUUAUGAAGACAGAGUUUGUGAUUUUUGGCCCGAGUUUGCCAAAAACGGCAAAGAAGCUGUUACAGUAGAAAUGAUAAUGACACACACGGUAAGUCUGUCUUUGAUGUCGGCAUGUCUUUUUGUUUGAGUUCAGGCUGGUUUGCCAAAAAUCGAUUCCAAGUUGAGUUGGGAAGACGCCAGAGAUCAUGUCAGGAUGUCAAAAAUCCUAGAGAAUCAAGUGGGAAUUUUCUUUUUUUUGGAAGUAAGGAAACUUCAGACGCCAGUGUGGACACCCGGCACAAAAGUCGGAUAUCAUUGCUUUUCCUACGGCUGGCUGGUCGACCAGAUCGUCAGACGUGCUGAUCCUAAGAAGCGGAGCAUCGGAAGCUUCUUCCGAGAAGAAAUUGCCGAGAAGCACAGUUAGUCGACCCUUUGUGGGAAGGUGUUCUUUUUUUGAAACGACUUGAAAAGCUUUUGCCGCAUUUAGAAUGGUCGGGUCGCGGAACGGCUGCGGGAUGAUUUCUUAAAAAUGUAACUAGCUUUGGUUAAAGUUUACUUCUUACGGACCUAAAAAGGGCUACCAAAACUUUUUCAGGUUGAAUCUUUGAUAAUUUAUAGACCUUUCGAAGGGGUGAACGAAGUUAUUAAAAACUUUUUUUUCAUCUGAGUUUCUGUGGAAAAAUUUGUUUUACCUGUGAUACUGGUGGUGAUAAUAUCAUAAUAAGUUUUCAAAUUAAAAUUUUUGAAUGAAAAAUAGCUUCCAAGCAUUUCCUGUACAUUUUCGACCGUAUUUUUCCGGUAUCCUAUGGCGCUUGGCAGAUAAUUAUUUUUUUUUCCGAGACGCUGAAUUUCCUACCAAAGUAUUUUGAACCAGAUCCUCAAUGUUUUAAAACAAGAAUUUCAGCCACUGAGUCUAACAAGGUUCUCAGAAAAAUAAUGCUCGAUAUUCUGCUUUUAAGAAGAAAAAAAAACCGUUCCAGACCUCGACAUCCACAUCGGAUUGCCAUUGGAGCACGCUUGGCGCGUCGCCAGAAUAACUCCUUCCUCGGUCUUGGAACGAAUUGAAGAAUAUAUCGAGGACCCGGGUUUUUUCAUGGCCUCUGUUCAGGAAAACUCUUGAAUUUCAGAAGUGGUGGACUACCCGUUCUGGGCGAAGCAAAUGAUGUGCAGAGGACUCACUUACAACGUUGCAACCAAUCCUUCUUGGAUGCAGACCAUCCGAGUAGGUUUCUUUCAAAUAAGUUUCGUCAAUAAAAGAAAAAUUCAACGUGAAGAAAACCUAACUCAUUUCCAAUCGCACCUUUUUUCGCGCUUGAUGAUCUUUGCCAACUAUCGGGUUGAUCAACUUAAUCAACUGAUAGAAAUGUUGUUUAGAAGAGAGAAAAGAGAGAUUGAAAGAGAAGUUACAGAAAGUGACUUUGAACAAUCCGGAGAUGUACGCGUUGGAACAGACGGCGGCGUUGGCCAUCGGGACCGCCAGGGACAUGGCUCGACUGGCUCAGCUCGUGAUCGACGGAAGCAUCGUCAGUGAGGUUAGUUCUGGGGGAGCACUGGUAGGAAGUCUGAAACUUGUCAGGAAAGUGGGAUUUUGUAGCGUUUUGGAUGUUAUAUUAUGUCAGGGAUUGUUCGGAUCGUCUUAUUGCUGUGAUUUUAAUUGGACAGUUCCAAAGAAGAAAGUUUUUAGCGCUAAUAAAGAAACUUUCGACUUUCGAAACUGCCUUUUUUGUGCGUAGAGACCGCAAUACUACGCUGCUUUGUCGUUGAAAGCUCCAAUUUUAAAUUGCUCUAGAAAUUUCUAUUUUUCCUUUUAGUGAAUGUGAAUGUAUGUGGUAUGUAGUUCAGAGAUGUCGUUAUGAAGAUAGUUUGAAAACAAGAGUUUUUUUUUUUCAAAUUUAGAGCUUUGCUUUUUUUCUACUAUCUCAAACUACGGAGUUGAAUUCUGAAAAUCAUGUUCAAGGAGACUCUUCGAUUGCUCAACGAGCCGCUGGUCAAGUGGCGGGACGUCGUGACCAACGCCUGUGUCACUCGAGGCCGUGGCACCACUGUAGUUGACGUCGUCGUUCCCGGAGUACGCUUCUUCGUUGUUUCUCUCUUCAAAGAAUAUUUCUAGAAGAUCCACUCCAAGCUCGUGGGCCAUGCCGGCUUGGGCGGUCAGAACUUCCGGUGGGAUCGCGAAAACGAGAUUUCUCUUGCCUACUUGAGCAACGCUCUCAAGGUCUGAUUGUAAAUACAUAAAAAACAACAUUUUUUAUUGUUUCAGAGCGGUUUGGGCGAUCGUGCCCGACCCUACGUUCGUCUACUAAACCGCUUCUACGAAUGUAUCCCUGGCAACUCCGAAACGGAUUCUUUCGUCUUGGCAGCCAGCUGA